AUGGCCAACGGAGCGCCUGGGUUAUUAUCUGUCGGGGAGCGCCUGGGGAAACUCCGAGACUACCGCAAGGCUUGGUCGGAGGCGAGGCAUUCAGUGAGCCGACGUUGGACCACCUUUGGGAGACAGUCGUAUUCUCGGCUCUCGGAGAUGAAGCUUCUUCCUGACGGCUCCAUCGCGCACGUCGAUGGCACAGCGGGCGGCGUUAAUGUUGCCAUCUACGUCUAUACUGCCCCUUCAAAGCUCAGGAACAUCACAGAGAGACAAUACACGGUUCCAGUGGCGGACCCUGCUCUGGGUAGUGCUCUGGAGGCCCACGCGGAGCCCUACGACAGCGCCGUUGAUGUAUCACAAGAUCUCGUCGUGGUACCCGAGAAGCCCGCAGACACAUAUGACGCUGGGGUGAAGUUCCUGUCGUUGAAGAGCAAUGGUGCGAUUCAUCCCGACGCGGCAGCACACUUUAACAAGCGGGUGCAUUGUAUUCAAAUAUGCCGGGAGCUCGUCGCAUGGGUUUUGUGUGAAUCAGGCGCGCCCUCGGAGCUCGAGGUUUGGAACUGGAAAACGGGAGAACUUGUCUGGAUCCACGCCUUUCCGAAUCCAUUUUUCUUUGCCAUCCUCGAUAUGUCGCAUCUUGCCGUUGUCGAAGUCCUCUUGGACCUCAGCUUGCCGAGCUCUAUACAGAUCUAUCGAUUCGCCCCUCUUAGAGAAGAGACCGAGCCGGGGCCGCCGCCGCAGACCCUAGACCCGGCGACCGAAGAACCCAUCUGCUCCCUACGACUCCCACCCCAGGACGCUCCCAAUACGUUCACCAGCGUCAGCUCCUUCACCUGUAACGCCUAUCGCCCCUCGACAGCGCCCGAGCAAAUCGCCUUCCACCCCGACGAAGCAUCAGCCAUGCUGUCGAUGUGCAUCGUGUUUAUUAGGCGUGAAGACGGCAUCUGGACCCACCACACGCUCCUCAUCCCUCUUCGCACCAUCCGCCGCGAGAUUGCUAGGGCCGACGCAUUGGGCCACGCGACUACAUCCGAUUGGACUGACUGGGGCCCACAUGGCAGCGCAUUCCUCCAUAUGCCUGCGAGCCCAGCCGGCUCAAGUGGUUUCUACGAGGUGUUCGGACAUCGUUACGGCAUGCUCGUGUACGACGACCCGCCCUCGCUGACAGCUGCGCAAGUCGUCAUCCUGGACUUCAGCCCUGCCACCUCUCGUCCCCGCGCGUCCUCCGACUCGGAGCCUCUCAAGGCCACAGUCGGCGAAAGAGUGGACCUGCUAGCUCGGAGGUCGAUCUCCCAAGGAUCAUGGGAAGACCGAUUCGCCGCUUCUGUGCGCUCGACGUUGCCCUAUAACGUUGUGAUGGGCCCUCGUGUCGUCCUGCCACAGGGGCUGCGUGCCUUCAGGCAGAUGUUGAUGCAACCUGAUGGAUUUACGUUGAUUGCCUCACGCUUGGAGUACGGACAGCACGAGCUCAGCUACCAGUCUUACACUCUCUGACGGGUUUGCUACCGAUUGGCGCAAGCGUUUCUCAACUACAAUAUAAUACGUUCCCCGAGCCCUCAUGCCAUGAGUCCAGCCGACAGCCCACACAUUGCGUCGGUAGCAAAACCC